UUUUCUGUACUAGGUCAGUGACUAGUCAGUGUUUUUCCAUUUCAUAAUGUUAUAACAAUGACUAAAACACUACUGUCGAUUUAAAUCAUAAUCCUUUGCUCAACAUGCUGUAAGAAAAGCACUAUAUAAAGUGGUGCUCUGUUACCAGACAGCAAUACGAACAGAGAAGGAACAUCUGCCCACAGCUCAAAAUGGGAAAGAUCAUCUUCUAUGAGGACAAGAAUUUCCAGGGGCGCAACUAUGAGUGCUCCAGUGAUUGCAGUGAUCUGCACUCUUACUUCAGCCGUUGCAACUCGAUUCGAGUAGACAGUGGGUGCUGGAUGGUCUAUGAGCACCCAAAUUAUGGGGGGUACCAGUACUUCCUGAGUAGAGGUGAGUACCCUGAGUAUCAGCGCUGGAUGGGCUUCAACGACUGCAUCCGUUCCUGCCGCCUGAUUCCAUCACACAGCGGCUCGUAUCGGAUGAGGAUCUAUGAGAAACCUGAAUUUGGAGGCCAAAUGAUGGAGUUCACAGAUGACUGCCCAUCUGUCCAUGAUCGAUUCCGUCAUCAGGACAUCCACUCCUGCAAUGUGAUGGAUGGUUACUGGCUCUUCUAUGAGCAGCCUAGCUACAGGGGAAGGCAGUACUUCCUGAGACCUGGCGAGUACCGGAAGUUCAGCGAUUGGGGAUCCAUAAGUUCUAAAACUGGCUCCUUCAAACGUAUUGUUGAUUUUUAUUAAUUGGGGCCCUUUUUUCAAAGUUGGCUACCAUCCUCUUUUAUGUAAAUAAAGAUUUAAGAAAUUC